GUGCGCUAGCUCCCCCGCUAGUCACCUUUUACCAGCAGAGAGGGAAGCAACCGUACUAUGAAAACAAUGCUGAGAGGGAUUUAAAGAAACAUAAUGCUGGAUACAACGUCAAAGAAUAGAAGUGGUACACAGCAUUUGGAAUAAACUAAACGCCUAAGGACAUGUUCAGGAGUGCGCGGAAGUUUGUAUUGAUGAUUUAGGAGCUAACUUAGCUGGUUGGCCCUGUUAGCUUGUUAGCGAGGACGGCGCGCGCUGUUUGGACUGCUGGACUUCACCAUUUACAACUAGCCCAACUUAAAAGGGCAAUGCUGGCUAUAUCCUAACAUUUAAAAAAGCGGGUUGGAAGAUCUUGCGGCGUCUUGCUGAUUUGGGAAACUCAGGUGCUGGCCAAAAGCUUUGAAUGCUGUGGGGUCGUGUCACACACAAACAGCCCUGAUACAUGUAAAGAAAGCGCAAUUUACGCCACGAUCAUACAGGUAACCAUCCUCAAGUUCCCAUGUAACCUGCUACGGGUGACCCGCAGGAUUGCAACCCGUCUUUCUCAUACCUAGUUAAUCGUCUUCGUACGUGAUGGCCCCCCUUUUCAGCUAGUACGACGCGUGGAAACAAUCUGCAGCCCAUUAACCAUGGGAGGAUGUGUGGGGAGAUACUGGGAAGGCUGGGAGGACACACAGAGCCGAGGCUCGUCCAGGAACGGUGGACGAGGAGGACGUAACGAGCCUCUAAAGAAAGAUCGUCCCAAGUGGAAGAGCGACUAUCCGAUGACCGAAGGCCAGCUACGGAGCAAGCGGGACGAGUUCUGGGACACAGCGCCGGCCUUCGAGGGCCGGAAGGAGAUCUGGGACGCCCUGAAAGCUGCGGCCGUCGCCUUGGAGUUUAACGACCAAGAGCUGGCCCAGGCUAUAGUGGACGGAGCCAGUAUCACACUGCCACAUGGUACUCUCGCCGAGUGUUACGACGAACUGGGGAACCGCUACCAGCUACCCGUCUACUGCCUGGCUCCACCCGUCAACCUCAUCUCAGAGCGCAGCGACGACGACCCCAGCGAUAGCCCCGACCCCCAAGUAGCACCCAAGAAGGAGUUCCAGCUCAAGGUACGACUGUCUACGGGCACGGACCUGCGCCUCAGCGCCAGCAUGGGGGACACCAUAGGGCUACUGAAGAAGCAGCUGCAGGCCCAGGAGGACAUCGACGGCGCCCACCAGCGCUGGUUCUUCUCCGGGAAGCUGCUCACGGACAAGACGCGGCUGCAGGACACUAAGAUCCAGAAGGACUUUGUCAUCCAGGUCAUUGUCAACCCGCAGGCCCUCCGAGCCCCGAAGCUGCCAGCCACCACCUCCUCGCCUGUGUCUGAAUUACCCGAGGAUCCAGAGGAUAGAUAGAUGGAUGGAGGGAGAGAGGGUGAAGCGGGUAGUGAGGUUGGUGGAAGACACUUAAAGGACCAGAGGUGCCUCCUUUUUCUGGAUUACUUAUGCUUAUGCUGUUAUUGAAAUUAAAUCGUACUGUGGAGGUACAGCACUACUUUUGUAGU